UUUUUUUUUUCUUCCUUCCUUUCUUUCUCCAUUUUAGUUUUUCCCCCUCUCUCUUUUUAAUUCAAUAUAAAUUACAUUAUAUUUUAUCAAAUAUGAAGACCUUUUUAUGGUCUUUUUUUAUUCUUAAUGUGAUAUCCGUCUUUGCUCGUCCUCCUUUAGAGCUUGAAAAUGACGAACGAAAGUUAGUCGAAGUGGCAGAAUUUGGUUAUUUAGCUGGUGGACAAUUGAACCUGACAGUAGAAAACUAUAAGUUAUCAAACGAAUCAUCUCCUGGCAUGGUCGCUUUUUAUAUACGAAAAGGUCACUCGGUAGGCAAUGCAUUCAGCGAUGAGAAUCAUAUUCAACCCUCAAGAAUUGUCAGGUCUUGCUAUUUAGAGAAUAGUUUUGUCAAGGAUGAACAAGAUGACCAAGUUGCGGAAGUUCGAGAAAUACCAUUGUCAGGUCUUCAACCGUGGACAACUAGUUUGACUGUAGGUGAUCAUGAAGAAGGUGUUUGGGAAGUGUUACUGGUGAACUGCAAAGAUUCUUUGAUCUCCUUGAAAUUGACUGUAAAUGAAGUUAAUCCGGGAAAUAAUCAUCUUCCAGCUGGUGAUUCACCUUUGCCUUUGGUGUAUGGUCUGUCCUCUUUGAUUUACUUAUCAGCAGCAUUGUAUUGGACUACCUUAUUAAUAUUUGGGAAAGAUACAAAAGUAUUUCGCGCGCAUUGGCUCAUGUUAAUCUUGAUGAUUACCAUUGUCAUCAACAAAUCCUUACAAUCGGCAAAAUAUCAUUAUAUGAAGAUCGGAUUACUUAGCGAAGGUUGGAGUAUUGGCUUUUAUGUGUUCGCAUCUAUCAAAGGCUUACUAAGUGUCUUUAUCAUUGUUUUACUGGCGUCAGGAUGGAUGUUUAUCAAGCCUUUUUUAUCGACAAAGGACAAACGCGUUAUUUCGAUUGUGGUACCAUUACAAAUUCUGUCAAAUGUUGCCUCAGCAAUAGGAAGCGAAGCAGCUAUUGGAUCGGUCGAUUGGCCAUUCUGGAAUAUGAUGUUUCCUAUCGUCGAUUUGGUUGCAUGUGGCAUUGUAUUAUGGACUAUUCUUCAAACACGGAAAAAUCUAGGUGCUGGUUCAUCUGCUGAUGGAAAAGAAACUGAUGUGUUGGAAAAAUAUAAGUUAUGGUCCACGUUUUAUGUUGUUACUUUGAUAUACUUUUACGUUACAAGAAUUGUUGUUCAACUACUACAAUUUGCUCUGCCUUUUCAAUAUGUUACUUGGUUAGGGGAAGCCGUCAACGAAGCUGCAACAUUAUCAUUCUAUAUUUUCAUUGGAUGGAAAUUUAGACCUUAUGCAAAUAAUCCUUAUAUGCAAGUGGCUAAUGACGAUCUUGAUGAAGAAGAAGACGAUCAUAUUGUGAACUCCCAUCAACAAGCUUCCCUUAGACUUCAACCUGUGAACCGGCGGGAUUAAUUGGCUGGAUGUACAUCGUUAUUAUUAUUAUUACCACAUAUUUCUCUCUCUUACAUAUACAUGUAUCCAUAUAUCAUCAUUAAAAACAGCACAUUACGCACAUUCAUUCCAUUUACCCUCUGUCACGUUUUGUCAUACUUUUUCUUUUCUUUGAUUGUACAAAUAUUUAUCAUUACAAUAAAAUACACUUUAUGCACUA